AUGGUUAAGAAAGAGGCUAAGAAGGUCCCUGAAGCACUUCAGAAGCUCAGAAGCAGAAUUGCUGCUAAUGAAGCUGCAAAAUCUGAAGCCAAGGCUCAAGCUGAGCAAUAUCGUGCAGCAGCAACUCAAGAAGCUCUUGAAAGAUCUGAAAAGCACCUUAAAGAUUAUGUUGCAUCUCAGGUCCUUAACCAAGAUAACCAACAAACAGCCAGCGAAAGCAGAGAUUUCUGGGUCGAACCUGAGCCAAAAGUGAUUCUUGCAAUCAGAAUCAAAGGUAUCAACAGAUGCCCUCCUAAGGUCAGAUCAAUUCUUAAGCUGUUUAGACUUAUUCAACUCCACAGUGCAGUUUUGAUUAAGAACAACAAAGCCACCAAAAACAUGCUCAAGCUUGUGGAACCUUGGAUUACCUAUGGCUACCCAUCAAGGGAAACCAUCCAGAAGCUUGUUUAUAAGAGAGGAUACUUGAAGAUCAAUAAAAGCAGAAUCCCUCUCUAUGACAAUGCUCAGAUUGAAAAAGAAUUAGGAAAAUUCAAAAUUGUUUGUGCUGAAGAUGUCGUGACUGAGUUAGCUACCUGUGGACCACACUUCAAAGAAGUCAAUAGCCUCUUAUGGAGAUACAAACUUUCAUCACCAAAAGGAGGAUUCAGCCACAAGAGGACUUCUUAUAUUCAAGGAGGAGAUUGGGGAAACAGAGAAAAGAAGAUUAACAAUUUGGUUUUAAGAAUGCUCUAA